AUGAGGGAGACCCACAACGCCGCCGGCCUGCGAACCACUGGCACAAGCACCUCCCACGCGGCGACGACGCCACACCACGUAGGACCACCAACCUCACCGCCGGCAGGAGCCGACGCCCGCCGCGACAAGAAACCUACAACAACCGGUAGAUCACCACCCGCAGAGGAAGAAGCAGGGGAGAGGGGCCGCCACCCCGCUCACCCUCGCCGGACAGCAGCUGUGAGCCGCCGUCGACGCUGCCACAUCUGGGAGGAGCCGGAGCUCCGCCCGCCGCCGCGCUGCUUCGAACCACCGGGGGUGCAGAUGGGGGCGCCGAGCCGGGCCACCGGCCGACCAGGCCGAGCCGGCGACCGGAGCAAGCCCGGGCAGGCCCGCGAGAGCCCAUCCGGGCCUAGUGCACGCGCCGCCGAGCCCCGCCGCGCCCCGCCGCACCACCACCGCCCCCGUCCUCGACCCGGCCACGGACCACCGGCCGCCCGCAGCCCCGCCGGCGCCCGGCCGCCGGCCCACCGCGCCCGCCGCACAUGCCGCGCCCGGGCGAGCUCCUUCUCGCCAGGGGACGCGGGAGGGUGA